UUUGCUUCAUGAAGAACUGCUGCAGUGAUUGAAACAUGCUGGUGGCAGUAUUAAUAUUCGGUGUUAUUUUAACCCUGUUAUGCAUCAGGUUGUGGAAACACUUUCAAUUCUGCAAUGAGGUAUGGCUGAUUCCUGUUCCUGUAAAAACCUCUCCAAUCUUUGGCCACGCACUGACGUUGAAGAGAGAUCCACACGAGUUUUUCACCCAGAUUAAAGGUUGGGUAGACAAUUGUUAUGCAGAUGGAUUGUUCUCUGUCUGGCUAGGACAAACUCCUGUUGUUAUUCUUUAUAAACCAGAAUAUGUUGAGAUAUUAUUAGCAAGUCAGAAAAACAUCACUAAAACACCACUUUACAUUUUUCUCCAUUCAUGGCUUGGAACAGGGCUUCUAACCAGCACCGGUAACAAAUGGAAAUCUCGUCGAAGGCUUCUCACUCCGACAUUUCAUUUCAAAAUUCUGAAUGACUUCGUUUCUAUUCACCAAAAACAAUCUGCUAUCCUCGUUGAAUUACUUCAGGCAAAAGCUGAUAAGGGUGAAUUUGAUAUAGCUCCUUACAUCACGCUCUGUGUCUUGGAUAUCAUAUGUGAAACGUCAAUGGGCAUCGACAUCAAAGCUCAAUAUGGCAGUAAUCCAGAAUAUACAAAAGCCGUGUUCAGCACAUGUGAACUUAUUCAAGAACGUCAGAAGUCACCAUGGCUUUGGCCCGAUUUCAUAUAUAACAUAACGUCGUCUGGAAGAAGCCAUCAAAAAGGCUUGAAUGUUCUCCAUGGUUUCACAAACCAGGUGAUUAAUGACCGUAUCGAGCAACGAAAAUUACGGAAAUCAGAGGAUUUCGAUGGUUCUGACGAUAGGGCGAUAUAUUCGUCUAGUAAUCGUCGUAUUCGGGCAUUUUUGGAUCUUUUAUUAGAGGAAUAUGAUCAGGGAAAUAUAACGAAGGAGGGCGUCAGAGAAGAGGUCGAUACAUUCAUGUUUGAGGGUCACGACACAACAGCAGCUUCAUUACAAUGGAUCAUUCAUCUUCUUAGUAUUAAUCCUGAUGUUCAAUCACGCUUGCAACAGGAAGUAGAUAAUUGGUAUGAAUCUUUACCGACUGAUGGGAAAAUAAACCCUGAACAACUUAAGGACUUAACUUAUCUGGAAUGUGUCGUGAAGGAGGGAUUGCGAUUGUUUCCGUCUGUACCUCUCUUUGGUCGUGAAUUGACGGAGGAAUGCAAAUUCGGUCCGUACCGUGUUCCUAAAGGAUGUAGCAUUAUUGUGGCUUCAGUGGGUUUGCAUCGUAAUCCUGAAGUAUGGGAGAAUCCAGAGACGUUCAAUCCUGACAGAUUUCUUUCAGAAAAUAACGUUGGAAGACAUCCUUUUGCCUAUGUUCCUUUUUCUGCUGGACCAAGAAACUGCAUUGGACAAAGAUUUGCUAUGAUGGAAGACAAAAUUGUAUUAGCAUCCAUCAUACGCCAUUUUAAUAUCAAGUCUACUCAGUCGUCUGAUGAUAUUAGGAAAAGUGCAGAAAUUAUUCUGAAAUCCACAAGUGGUAUUAUGGUGGAGUUGGAAACAAGAAUUUUUUAAACAUGUUCGAUACCGCUCUUCUAAAAUUGAAAUUAAUGACCUCUACAGACGACCUAGACCCACUGAACUCUAAUAUACCUGGAAUGAUAACAGGUGAUGAAUCUGGGCUUACAUUUCUCCACAUCAAACGAUUUUCUAUAAAUUUAGGCUGAAAUACCUGACACUAAAACGUUAGGCAUUAUUAUAAAACAAUGUUUUCGUAAUAGUGUCAUAUUUUUGGCGAGGUUAUUCAGCUUGUUGAAGAAUUCUCAUCUUAUUAAGCAUUUACAGCGUUUGAAUCUUAAAGAAUGCUUAAAAUGAAUGAAAUAUCAACAUCUACGCUUUAGGAAAAGUAGUUAUAAAUCACAAAACGUAGAGGAGAAAAGGUUGAAAAGAUCUCGAAAGUUAUUCGAACAAAUUCGAUAUGCAAUUGAAAUUAUAGAUUGAACUUUGUUCAAAAGUGGCGUUGUCAUAAUUGAUAUGUCGGGAACUUUGACAAAAUUAAUUUACUAUAGACCAAAGAUUUAAGAUUGAACUCAUUCGAUUAUGCAUGCAUGCAGCUGUUAAAUUGCAAAAAAUCUAUGGGUAUUGAAGUCACACAAUAAAAAAUCCGUGAAUAUGUUGAACAGAAAAUCCCACUCAUUUUGAUGAUAUAGCAUUAUAUUGAUCGAGCAAUAAUAUCUCGUGUAUAGAUUCUGAAAAAUGAUAACACAUGUAAAUGAACGAUCGGUUUACACACCUGCCUAAAAACAACAUGCAUAUCUUAACAUUUAUGUCUGAAGACUCUGAACUAAUCUUGUAUAGGGGCUUCCCAAAUACAGACGAAAUUAGGGAAACCAAAUUUCAUUAACCCAGUUUAUUUAAAGAAUAAACGUAUUAAAAUUUUGUGCGCGAAAUCUGUCUAUAUUUUUGAUCACUGCAAAUAUGUUAAAUCUAUAAGAAAUAAAAUUCAC